UUUCAGGACCUUACGCUGGUUGGGGGUUGGGUUUUGUCCCUGGGAACAAAACUGCCAGGCUGCAAGUCGGCUUGACUAGGCCUAGUCCCAUUGGCCUACGUAAUCUGGCCCAUUUCGUCAAGAAAUGAGCAAUGGCUGGCAGUGGUGAUGCAGCACAAGAUGAACAUGAACUUUUGCGUCGUGCUGAAGAGGAACGAAUAACAAUCGUUGAAAAGUAUGAUCGUGGAAGAGAAGGAAGAGCCCACAUAGACCCAUGGGAAGAUCCAGAGUUUGACGAGAGGUGUCAUAAAAAGGAUCGCUUCGGUUUCAUUCAUGACACACGCUUGCCAGACACUUUUUUACCAGAAGAGCAGAAGCAACGAGAAACUGGAGUGAGAAGAGAGAGAAAAUGGCUCAAGAUGAUCCAAGAGUGGAAUCGGUACCACCGGUCUGAGAAGCUCAAGACACGUAUUUAUAAAGGAAUCCCGCAGUCCAUGAGAGGCGCUGUCUGGAGCAAGCUUCUUGGCUUAGAAAAACAGAAGAAAGAGCAAGCAGGAGUGUAUGGGAGAAUGAGGGCGAUAGCACGUCGUUCUUCACCAGACAUCAGGCAGAUAGACCUAGAUGUCAAUCGAACCUACAGGGACCAUGAAGAUUUUUUGGAACGCUAUGGAACACAGCAACAGAAGCUCUUCCAUGUUUUGGCUGCUUAUUCAAUAUACAACAUGGAAAUUGGAUACUGUCAAGGGAUGUCCCAGAUUGCAGCUCUUCUUCUGAUGUAUUUAAGUGAGGAAGAAGAUGCCUUCUGGGCAUUGUCUGCACUGAUGGCAGAUGGGAAAUAUGCCAUGCAUGGAUUCUUCAUCCAUGGCUUUCCCAAGCUCAUGAGGUACCAGGACCAUCAUAACAAAAUCAUGCAGAAAUUCUUGCCAAAGUUGAAGCGUCAUCUAGACAGAUGUGGUGUGGACACUGCUAUCUACACUUUGAAAUGGUUCUUUCAAUGCUUCCUAGAUCGGGUACCCUUUCCUCUCACAUUGAGACUCUGGGAUAUCUAUAUCCUUGAAGGGGAACGCCUUCUUGUGGCACAGGCAUAUAACAUCCUCAAGCUUCAUCGUCGUUCUCUGAUGAAGCUAUCUAUGGAUGAGCUCUUCCAGUUCCUCCAGAUACGACUUGAGAAAAGUUUUGGCUUUGAUGAUGACUAUGUCAUUGAGAGUCUAAUCAAGUGCAUGGAUGAACUAAGACGUGCUAAACUGGAUUAUCCUGGUCAUCCUCUCAGUGAAGAGCUUCCACAGAAGCCAUUUGGAAUGUUUGUUGAACCAAGCUUUGAACAGAAAGUGGGACAAAGAACUGAGUUCACACAAGAAGAGAAGAGAAUCAAGGAGAACCUGCUGAGAAGGCAGGAUGUUGAACUCAUGGAGAGCCUCAAGCAAGGAGCACUCAGCCACCCUGACAUAGAAAAUGCAUCAGAUUUAUCUGUGGAUGAUGUGAGUUCCCUGGGAGAGAGACAUUUAACAUCCCUCACAUCAAUGACUGGAACCUCUACAACAUCUGCAUUCUCUCUCCAUUCGGCACAAAUGCUUAGCAGAUCCCAGAUACAGCUGGAUUCCAGGAUAAGAGAAGAGAAUGUGGAGAUGCUGAGACGUAAGAAUAGCCUCAGCAAUGCCUUCAGUGAAAGCAAUCUAGUCCUACCUGGGAAUGGACGAAUGAUGACCCCACCCAAGUCAUACCCUGGGUCACGUGGGCCCACAUCUCCAUCAAGAGAUCACAGUGUGUCCCGACCAUGUGACCUACCUAUGAGACAUGACUCCUUGGGAACCCCAAAGACCACAACACCUGUAUCUCCUAAGUGGGGGGAAACCCCAGACACAGUGCGGAUCUAUGUACCCUACAGUUCCCAGACUACACCAAAUGGAGAUCUGAACCUGAGCAAUGGUGAUAUCCGUCGGUUGAAUACUAGUAUCUCACCAUCACCUAAGUCUUCUCCCACGAGUCCUUCCGACCCUAAUCGUAUCACCAUCCGACUUGCUGACAGUCGAGAAUGUGAAAGUGAUCCUGUCACGGUGUUCUUGACAUUACAGAUGCGAUUACUUCUCCAUCUAACAUUGCUCGUUUUUGGGGCGAGCGUUGCCUUGACGACCAAGGAGGAGGAAUUAUGGGAAGAAAGCCCGAGCGAGGUGGUCAUCACCGAAAUGUUCCAGUCUGAUCAACCCGGCCAGAAUAAAUCCAAAGGCUGUGCCUAUCAGAAGGGACCCUGGAGCAAAUGUGACCCGGAGACGAACACGAGGUCCCGGUCCUUGACAUUACAGAAAGACGAUCCCUCCUGCCAGCGAACACGAACCAUUCGCAGGCCCUGCAGAAAGAAGUGUCGCUACGAGAAGGGAGAAUGGAGCGAAUGCACGGAGACGUCAGAGUCGAAGGUUCGAACCGAUUCUCUCAAACCUGGAAGUAAUGCUUCCUGCGAGAAUCAACGAGAGAUCAUCCGUCGUUGCAAGAAGAACCGUCGCAACGGUAGC